CCCGCCCUUUAGUCAGUAACUAAACGUGCAGCAGUGCGAACGCGCGCAGCGGCAAAAUUCCAGCGUUCUUGGCUCUCAUCCGGCGUUCUUUCCCUAAUCAAUCAUCCAAAACCCGCCAUUAAAACACACAACUAAAUAACACUUUUAAAUCGGUUCUCGAGUGAUAAUAUAACCAAGAAACCAACAUAAAAACAAAUUUACCAAUGUGAACAUAUGCAGUUAGUUGCAAAAACUACGUAAAAAACAACAAAACAAAAACGAAAAACUUUUAAAACUCUUAAACUCUUGCUUUUGGGAUUAUCAACAAACAAAAAAGAAAAAAAAACUUUUCACAGGAUUUGUGGAAAGGAUAAACAAACACACACAAACAGACAAUCAAAAUGGUCAACAAACAGUAUACGGCCAACGAUCUGGAGGCUUUCAUGAAGAUCGCCGCCAACUGGCAAAAUUCCAAUCACGGUUUGCUGGAGGGCGUCGACAUAAAGACGGAAAUGACACAGUACAUGAACAGUCCAUCCAUGAACAUGUACAAGAAAAGAGAACGCACCCAGAACUGGAACCACCAGGAGAAGAAAUAUCUGCUCGAUCUGUGCCGCAAGGACAUGCGUAUCAUCGAGAACAAAAGAUUGGAUGCCGGUCUAACUGCUGUGAAGAACAAGGCCUGGAAGAUCAUUCACCAGAAGUUCUCCAAUCAAUUCGGCACCGAUCGCACCUGCAAUCGCCUCAAGGAACAGUGGCGACGCAUGAAAGCCUGCACUCGAAAUGAAAUUCUGGACUACAACAAUCGUUUGGCCAGGUUUGGAGCCGAGGUGGCUGAUCGCAAGAAGCCUUCGCCUUUCACCUUCGAAGUGUGGGAUUUCAUGCAGGAGGCAAAGAAGGCCUGCAAAUCGGAAGCCCUGGAUGGCAUAGACUACUCUAAGAUUCCCCUGGCUUUGGAGGAGGGAUUUGAAUAUCGCGAAGACUACAAAUUCAAUACCGAAGAGCACGAUAUGGAUGACAGUCGCACACCGCCGCAGGAACUAUGCGAUGUGGACAUCAAGGAGGAGGAGAUCAACGAGACCUUCAACGAUACCUUUAACAAUACCUUUAACAACACGCAUCUCAACCAGAGCGACAUCCAUGGCGGUGGCGAGCGUCUGAGUGUGUCGCCCAAUCACAUCAUUCGCAAUGGAAUCCAUGAGGCCGAAAGUCCUGCCACAGUUUCCGCAACAGCUGCCUUAGAUACGGGUGCUGCCUUUCUGCCGGGAGCAGCCGACUUGACCGGCUAUCAGGCCAACUUCAACAUGAACAACAUAUCCGCCACGCUGGAGGCCCUGAAUGCCCUGCGAUCUGGCCAAUUUCCCAAUGCAGCAGCGGCGGCAGCGGCUGCCAUGCACCAGCAGGCCCAAGUUGCCUUGCACCACCAGCACAGCAACAACAACAAUAACAACAACGAGGACGAUGAUGAGGGAAUGAAGUCCAUGGCCAAGAGGCAGCGCACCAGCAGUGGCAGUGCAUUGGGCAGCGAGGACCAGCCAUCGGCAUUGGCCAACUCAGUGCCUGUUGCGUCGGAUUCUCAGGCCUUGGAGCGGUCCAGCGGCAGCAGCAAUGGAGUAGCCAACGCAAGGACAGCAGCCAGCCCAAAUGUUAACAGCAGCAGCAACAACAACUUUGAGCUGCGCAUGUUCAUGGAGAUGCAGAGCAAGGAGCACAUGAUGCGCAUGAAGAUCCUGGAGGUGCAGUUGCAGGCGGCCAAGCACAGUCGCGAUCUGGUGGAGAUCAACAAGACGCUGGCGCUACAGAAGCUGCAGGAGCUGGCCAGCAAGCGGCUGCCCAGUUAGGAGGCAGUGCAGCAGAAGGAGCAACAACAGCCCAUCGCCGUUUCAUGUUACAUUAGUUUAUAGAAUUAAAACCCGCCUCGGUGGUCACGUUCGCAGGCAGAGGGCGUGGCCGGGAGAUCGGCUAGAGUUAGCCUUAGAGUUAGUCAUAAGUUGAAAGCAGGAUCCACAGCUACACAUCCACACAGACACUCACACACACAAACAGAGAGACAUUCCUGGCAUUGUUGAUCAGUAUUUGAAAGCUAGAAGCGAGUCCCCCCGACACACAGAACCCAAGAACCGCAAGCGAGGACCAGGAGGCGCUCGGAAGUAUGCCAUAAUCUUAUGAUGAAUCGCCUACCUCACAAGCACACACACAAGAUGCACACACUCAGCUAUCAAACACACACAGAUACACUCUCUUCUGGCCUAACCAGCACUUGACCAAGUCAAGUCAAGUUUAGUUAGUUUCUAGUUUUAGUUCGUAUGGGAACCACUCUCUCCAAGUUGCUCAACUACCACAAAUGUAUUGUACUUACGUUUCUUGACUUCAGUUUACGUUCUGCUACCACCACUAACGAUUUAAACAAAUAUGAAAUGCACAAAUGAUUAUUUUUCAUAGUCCUAAGAGAAGAACUCCAUAUAUGUAAAUGAAACAUUACAAUUGGCAGUCGUCUCUGAUUUUAAUUUUUACUUGUACUUGUAUUUAUUUUUAUCUUUGUAUAGACUAUGUUGAUAUAUAUAUGACCCCCUAUAUAUGUUUGUUUGAAUGCCAUAUUAAAUGAAAGUUCUUUUUAAUAUCUUAUUUUCCAUUUGCGCUGCAAAACAAAUUGUUACCAUAUAUGAUAUAUGUACCGUACGUAUAAGCAAGCUCCCACUAUAAAAAGGGUCUUGAGAAAGGCCUCGGACUGGGCUUCAGUUGUCGUAGAAGACUUCUUUGUAAAGCGUGUAAAUGAAAGAUACAAAUUAUUUUAAAUAAAAUACAAAAAAAAAAAAAAA